GAAGGAAGGAGGUCUCAAGAGCUACUUACAGCAAAUUUUCUCCACUUGCAGUCCUGAUGACACCCAGCCAUACCCGUCUUUGGCUGUAGCCCAUGAACAACGUAGAGGCCCAUCCUUCAGGGGCUGUUUCCAUUUCCGGAGAAUGGCUCAGGGCAUACUAUUUUUAUCCAGAACAGGACCCACUCACUGCUGCAUGACAGGGAGGAAGAAAGUGCUAUGAACAUAUGCUGCUUUUAAUGUGUAGUUACUACUUGGCCAAUAGCAUCAAAAUGUGCCAUAGGCAUUUUGCUACAUGAAUGGACCAGUGGAAGCCGCAAACCUGUUAGCUGUUCACCCCCUCAGCCUAAAGAUUCCCUUCCCCAGGCUCUGGAGCUGAUGGUAAUGGACACAAGUUUUCAGAAAGCAGUUUGGCAAUCUGUAACAAGACCCAACCCCAACACCCCCACUUCUGGGAAUCUGUCCUAAGGACCGUCUCCAAAUGGUUGAUACAAAGACUAUGUAGUCACACCAAAUAUAUUUAUGAUGUAAUGAUAAACAAGUCUAGAAGAACCGACCAAGAAAUUGGCCGGAGAUAGUAGUAAUUGUGUUUGAGUAAUGAAUUUAUUGGAGAUUCUUUUUCCCAAACUUUAGAAUAUUGAUUUUACCCUCCUCUGCAGUCAUGGUUAAUCGAGUCAGGAACCUGGCAGGAACAGCACGCUCAGAUGGGAUAGUUGAUGAAAGUUUAAUAAAGGGACUAUUUCCUGUUUCCAGGCCUUUCCACCCUGAUUUCCGCAACUCUCAGUGACUCAACAAUUAUUGAACACCUACUUAUCGUCUUGUGAGGGAGGCAGACUUUCAAGUACAUAAAUUAUCACAAAUGCAAUAAUAAAUACGUAAGUUGAGUGCUGUAAGGAGUGCAAAGAGAGAAGCAAACUGUCGGAGGGAGGGGGGAAUCGAGGAAAGCUUCAAAGAGAGGUGACUGAUGCAUGUUCAGUUUUGAAGGUUGUCUGCCACGACAUGUACAAAGGCAGCAACGCAAGGCGGUGCUUUUAGGAAAUUCCAUGUGGCUCUGGGGGGCUGGAAGAAACACGGGAUGGGUGUGAAGAGACGAUGGGAGGAGAAACGGCUAGAAUGCUGAGCGCUGUGCUCCAAGUGGGCUUUGUGUUUUGGAGUAAGACUUGCUUUUGAGAGAGAUGACUGGCCUCACGGUGCAAAGAGGGGACUGAAUGGGGCAAGACUGGAGACAGAGAAGUGUGGAAAGAAGGGUUUGUGUCUUGCCUUUCUCAGCCUCGGCCUUUCCCUCCUGUACUUGGCCAGCGCCUCGCUCUCCGGGAUCUCCCUCCCUCCUCCUCCCCAGGGCCCCCGGGGCAGGCGGAGAGGCGAGGCCAGGCGAGGGGUGGCCCUGCCUGGGUGGUCUCCUGCGCUACCCCCCGCGGCGCCGUUGCCUAGCAGCAGAUCCGGGCCGCGCGGAUCUGGGUAAUUUGCCGGCCCCUCAGCCAAUGGGAGAGCGUCGCCCCUGCCCUCGCCCUUUUUCUGGGGCUACAGACGCUUCCUCGGCACUGCGGUCGCCACCUCGAGCCGCGCGGGCGUCGCGGGCUGUAGCUCUGCGGGCACGCGGGACUCAGUCCGCCUCGCACGCCUCUGGGUCACGGCCCCCGCGGCGCGCCUGCCCCCGACCCUCUCCCACGCCCCGCGCCCGAGCGGUACAGGGGGAUCGGACCAGCCUAUGGGGGCUCCCAGAUAACGCGGGCUGGGGGCGCCCAGCCCCCCCACUCCCGCCAGCAUGGCUCGGCGGCCACCCCUCGGGGAACUGCCUCCGGACUACACCCCACCAGCUGGAUCCGCAGCGCCCCAGAUCCUAGCUGGGAGCCUGAAGGCGCCGCUCUGGCUUCGUGCUUACUUCCAGGGCCUGCUCUUCUCGCUGGGCUGCAGGAUCCAGAGACACUGUGGCAAAGUGCUCUUCCUGGGACUGCUGGCCUUCGGGGCCCUGGCACUGGGCCUCCGUGUGGCCAUCAUUGAGACAGACCUAGAACAGCUCUGGGUGGAAGUGGGCAGCCGGGUGAGCCAGGAGCUGCAGUACACCAAGGAGAAGCUGGGCGAGGAGGCUGCGUACACCUCCCAGAUGUUGAUACAGACCCCACGCCAGGAGGGGGAGAACGUCCUCACACCUGAGGCACUGCGCCUCCACCUCCAGGCAGCCCUCACGGCCAGCAAAGUGCAAGUAUCACUCUAUGGAAAGUCCUGGGACUUGAACAAAAUCUGCUACAAGUCAGGAGUUCCCCUCAUUGAAAAUGGGAUGAUUGAGCGGAUGAUUGAGAAGCUGUUCCCGUGUGUGAUCCUCACUCCCCUCGACUGCUUCUGGGAGGGAGCCAAGCUCCAAGGGGGCUCUGCCUACUUGCCCGGCCGUCCCGACAUCCAGUGGACCAACCUGGAUCCUGAGCAGCUGCUGGAGGAGCUGGGCCCCUUCGCCUCCCUUGAGGGCUUCCGGGAACUGCUCGCCAAGGCACAGGUGGGCCAGGCCUACGUGGGGCGGCCCUGUCUGAACCCUGACGACCCUCACUGCCCGCCUAGCGCUCCCAACCACCACAGCAGGCAGGCUCCCCGUGUGGCUCAGGAACUGAGCGGGGGCUGCCACGGUUUCUCCCACAAGUUCAUGCAUUGGCAGGAGGAAUUGCUGCUGGGAGGCAUGGCCAGGAGCCCCCAAGGACAGCUGCUCAGGGCGGGCACCGUGCUGCAGGCCUGGCAGCGGCGCUUCGUGCAGCUGGCCCAGGAGGCCCUGCCCGAGAACGCGUCCCAGCAGAUCCAGGCCUUCUCCUCCGCCACCCUGGAUGACAUCCUGCAGGCCUUCUCCGAAGUCAGCGCUGCCCGCGUGGCCGGAGGCUAUCUGCUCAUGCUGGCCUACGCCUGUGUGACUAUGCUGCGGUGGGACUGUGCCCAGUCCCAGGGUGCCGUGGGCCUCGCCGGGGUGCUGCUGGUGGCCCUGGCAGUGGCCUCAGGCCUCGGGCUCUGCGCCCUGCUCGGCAUCGCCUUCAAUGCUGCCACCACCCAGGUGCUGCCCUUCUUGGCACUGGGCAUCGGCGUGGAUGACAUAUUCGUGCUGGCACACGCCUUCGCAGAGGCCCCACCUGGCACCCCUCUGCAGGAGCGCAUGGGCGAGUGUCUGCUCCGCACGGGCCCCAGCGUCGCGCUCACGUCCAUCAACAACAUGGCAGCCUUCUUCAUGGCCGCCCUGGUUCCCAUCCCCGCGCUGCGGGCCUUCUCCUUGCAGGCGGCCGUCGUGGUUGGCUGCAACUUCGCAGCCGUGAUGCUCGUCUUCCCCGCGGUCCUCAGCCUGGACCUGCACCGGCGCCACUGCCAGCGCCUCGAUGUGCUCUGCUGCUUCUCCAGCCCCUGUUCUGCUCGGGUGAUUCAGAUCCUGCCCCAGGAGCUGGCGGACAGGACAGUACCCGUGGGCAUUGCCCACCUGACGGCCACCGUUCACGCCUUCGCCCACUGUGACGCCAGCAGCCAGCAUGUGAUCACCAGCCUGCCUCCCCAAGCCCACCUGGUGCCUCCACCUUCUGACCCACUGAGCUCUGAGCUGUUCAGCCCGGGAGGGUCCACUCGGGACCUUCUGGGCCAGGAGGAGGGGACAAGGCAGAAGGCAGCCUACAAGUCUCUGCCCUGUGCCCGCUGGACUCUUGCCCAUUUUGCCCGCCAUCAGUUUGCACCCUUGCUGCUCCAGUCACGCGCCAAGGCCGUGGUGCUGGUCCUCUUUGGGGCUCUUCUGGGCCUGAGCCUCUAUGGAGCGACCUGGGUGCAGGACGGGCUGGCCCUGACCGACGUGGUGCCGCGGGGCACCAAGGAGCAUGCCUUCCUGAGCGCCCAGCUCAGGUACUUCUCCCUGUACGAGGUGGCCCUGGUGACACAGGGUGGCUUUGACUACGCCCACGCCCAACGCGCCCUCUUUGAUCUGCACCAGCGCUUCAGUUCCCUCAAGGCCGUGCUGCCGCCACCUGCCACUCAGGCGCCCCGCACCUGGCUGCACUAUUACCGCAACUGGCUGCAGGGAAUCCAGGCUGCGUUUGACCAGGACUGGGCUUCUGGGCGCAUUACCCGCCACUCCUACCGCAAUGGCUCUGAGGAUGGGGCCCUGGCCUACAAACUGCUCAUCCAGACCGGGGAUGCCCGGGAGCCUCUGGAUUUCAGCCAGCUGACCACGAGGAAGCUGGUGGACACGGAGGGGCUGGUUCCACCCGAGCUCUUCUACGUGGGGCUGACCGUGUGGGUGAGCAGUGACCCCCUGGGCCUGGCGGCCUCGCAGGCCAACUUCUACCCCCCACCCCCGGAGUGGCUGCACGACAAGUACGACACCACCGGGGAGAACCUGCGCAUCCCGGCAGCCCAGCCCCUGGAGUUUGCCCAGUUCCCCUUCCUACUGCGCGGCCUCCAGAAGACAGAGGACUUUGUGGAGGCCAUCGAGGGGGCCCGGGCAGCCUGCGCCGAGGCAGGCCAGGCCGGGGUGCGUGCCUACCCCAGCGGCUCCCCCUUCCUCUUCUGGGAGCAGUACCUGGGCCUGCGGCGCUGCUUCCUGCUGGCGGUCUGCAUCCUGCUGGUGUGCACUUUCCUCGUCUGUGCCCUGCUGCUGCUCAACCCCUGGACAGCCGGCCUCAUAGUGCUGGUCCUGGCAGUGAUGACCGUGGAGCUCUUUGGCAUCAUGGGUUUCCUGGGCAUCAAGCUGAGCGCCAUCCCCGUGGUGAUCCUUGUGGCCUCUGUGGGCAUCGGUGUCGAGUUCACCGUCCAUGUGGCUCUGGGCUUCCUGACCGCCCAGGGCAGCCGGAACCUGCGGGCUGCCCGGGCCCUCGAGCACACGUUCGCCCCAGUGACCGAUGGGGCCGUCUCCACGUUGCUGGGUCUACUCAUGCUUGCUGGUUCCAACUUUGACUUCAUCGUAAGGUACUUCUUCGUGGUGCUGACGGUGCUCACCCUCCUGGGCCUCCUCCAUGGGCUCGUGCUGCUGCCUGUGCUGCUGUCCAUCCUGGGCCCCCCACCAGAGGUGGUGCAGAUGUACAAGGAGAGCCCCGAGGCCCUGAGGCCCCCAGCUCCACGAGUAGGAGGGCUCAGGUGGGGGUUGUCCCCCACCCUGCCCCAGAGCUUCGCCAGAGUGACUACCUCCAUGACCGUGGCCCUCCACCCGCCCCCACUGCCCGGUGCCUACAUCCACCCAGCCUCUGAUGAGCCUCCUUGGUCCCCUGCUGCCACACCGGCUGCCAACAGCUCCAGCAGCCUCACUUCUAGGGGACCAUGUCCAGCCCCGGAGUGAAAGCGCAGCUGAAGCAUGGAGGCCCUGCUUGGGCCACGUGAAGUCACUGGAAAGCAGUGGGUGGUGACUGAGUGCAGGGCGGACUCCUGGAGAGCUCUGCUGCUGCUGCCUGCCUGCCUGCACCCCCUCCCCUGACUCAGCCAUCACAGAUCUCCCUGACGUCUGCACAGAACCAGCACCUAGGCUGUGAGCAGCCUCCCACACUGGGUCCCGCGUGCCUGUCCCUGUGUCCGGGUAGGAGUAAAACCAGCACCCCACACUGCUGCCCCGGCCCACCAAGCCUGAGGGACCCUCUAGCACCCUUUGCCGGUCCUGGCCCCCACUGCCUGGUGACUCCUGGGUAGGCUCUCUGUAUCCCUGCCUACCUCCUACCACAUAAAUUAUUUAUAUGAAGAUGUUUAUUUUUGUAGUUUGUACAGAUGUUAGCUAUGCUGAAAGGUUUAUUUUUAAAGAGUGAAAUAUAUUCUAUAUGAACUCAU